AUGACUUCCCAACGUCCACUUAGGCUCAACGGGCAUGAAUUCUCCACGGCUGAUGCCACUCCUGAUGCCGAUGCUAGUGACUCAAACUACAUCUACAUCAAGGGCAACGGACCUAUCAAAGGCCAACAAAAACAGGAGUUAGCCGACCUAGGCGUCUUUGUGUCCGAGUUCUUGGGCCAAGACACCUACCUGUGCCGCUACGAGCCUGCAGACCUCGAGCCAAUCCGUGGUUUGGCCUUCAUCGAGCAAGCCAACCUUUAUCCUCGCCAUCUCAAGAAGUCGACCCGGCUUGAGGAUACAAUCAGCACAGCAAGUGCUCCAGAGGAUACCUUCACUGUUGAUAUCAUACUUCACAAGGGAGAGACAUCCCCGGAUCGUGUCGUCAGCGAUAUUGUCGAGAAGACUGGCCUCAAUCCUGAGGAUAUCUCUGAAGAGCAGAAUAUUCUCAGGUUGACUGCCGAUGCCGAGACAAUUGCCAAGAUCCAAGAUGUCGACGCGGUCAAGAAGAUCGAGAAGGUCAUUGACAAGAAAUUCUUCAACAACUUUGCCCGCCAGGACAUCCACGCUGAUAAUAAAUCCGGCGUUGAGGGCCCGACUUCUGUCCCUUACAAUGGAAAGGGAGAGACCGUCGUGGUCGCUGACACGGGCUUUGAUACCGGCUCAGUGACCAACACGCACCCGGCAUUCAUCGGGCGGGUCAAGGCUCUCAUUAGUGAGGGUCGGAAGAACGACCGCGGUCAGAACAAGGGAUUGACCAAUGAUUUUGACGGCCAUGGAACUCACUGCUCCGGCUCCGUCCUCGGUGACGGGCUUUCCGAGUCCAUGGGUGGCAAGAUACAGGGCACGGCGCCCAAUGCAUCCCUUGUCGUCCAGUCCCUCCUCACGAGCAAUGGCGGGCUGUGGACUCCCCCGAAUUUGAUGAACCUUUUUGAGGGCCCGUACAAGCUUCAUGAUGCCCGAAUCUCAAGCAACUCCUGGGGUCUUGUUUGGGUGAAGAGCCAGGUGGCCUAUGAUUCCGAGGCCAAUGCGACUGAUGGUUUCAUCUGGCACAAUCAAGACCACGUCAUCGUGUUUGCUGCCGGAAAUGAUGGUGAGGAGGUCUCUCCAAAUGGCGCUCACAUUGGAAGCACCAGCUCUGCUAAGAACAUCAUCUGCGUUGGCGCAACUCAAUCGAGCCGCCCCAACGGAAACUACAAGUACGACCCCAAGAAGCCUGCCGGAGACCCAAACAAAGUCGCAGGCUUCAGCUCCCGCGGCCCAACCCUCGAGGGACGUGUCAAGCCUGACGUUGUGGCCCCGGGCAUUGCCAUCCUCAGUGCUUGUUCCAGAGACCCCAAAAUCACGGACCGUGAGCGCAACGCGUACGGUCCAACCCAGGAUAAGCUCUGGUCGUUUGGCUCGGGCACUAGCAUGGCCACGCCUCUUGUCUCUGGAUGCUGUGCUACUAUUCGUGGCGCCGUCAGGGCCAAAGGGGUUGAUAAGCCGAGCGCAGCGCUUAUUAAAGCGUUGGUGAUUAACGGCGCCGUGGAUCUCGGCCUCCCACAGUCUGCUCAGGGAUUUGGUCGCAUUGAUAUCGAGAGAUCGCUCGCAAUUGUCGACAAGCGGGACACGGCAGGUUUUGGUUUUGUCGACGAGGGAUUCGUUUCUGGAAAAUCCCUCGCCGAGGAUGAGACCUGGACAAAGAGUAUCCCCUUGAACGUCGAUGUGCCUGCCACCUCGGGACGUGGUAAGCAGCUGAAAGUCACGCUGGUAUUCUCGGAUCGGAAGGGGCUAGAGUUGCAGAACAAGCUCUCCCUUACCGUCGCAGUCAAGGACGCUUCGGGAUCUACUGUGGCUGAGAAGCGCGGCGACGACGGUGUCGCGGAAGAGAACAAUGUUGAACAAGUCGUUCUCAAGCUCCCUGAAGGAUCUGAGUCUGUGGAUGUGAGCGUUGUUUGUGAUCGGAUUGCACGUCUCAACGACAAGCAGGCCUUUGCUGUAACCUGGGGACUUUAUGAGUGA